AUCUGAAAUGCAAUUAAUUGUAGGUUCUGUAGACAUUAGACAACUUGCUCUUCUGGAAUCGAAUAGAACCAUACAAAUCAACAACUUAUUUAUUGGUCGUAUUAUUGGGUACCAUUUCUCAUCCUUGUUCAGUUCUUCAUUAGAUCUGAAACUGAAACAAACACAGGUCCAAACAGAGAGACAAUCUCCACCAUGGUUAUCAAGUCAUUGUUACUGAACCUUCUAUACCCACCACCAUCUUCUCCUUUUGUCACGGCCAUGUCGGUGCUAAGCUUCGUUGCGUUGGGAAACUCAGGGUUCUCGGAGAUUAGGGGAAACCACUUGAACUAUUCAAAAUUCUGGAACGCCAACACUGGUGGCGCCGCCGCGGCUCAGAGGCAGGUCAAGCUUUCAAGCAGAACUGGCAUGCUGUGGCUCUACACUCCCGCUUUCCUCGCCGGUGCGGUGUCGUUUUGGAUCUUUCCUCAUGAGGGUUUCAGGUCCACGCUCGUUCAAUCUGCUGUUACCCUUCACUUCUUAAAGAGGGUUUUAGAGGUUCUCUUUGUUCACAAGUACAGUGGUUCUAUGCUUCUUGAUUCUGCAAUCCCCAUCACCACGAGUUAUUUUAUGUCAGCUGUGACUAUGAUCUAUGCUCAACACCUAACAAGGGAGCUUCCGGAACCACCUGUAAAUCUGAUGUAUCCUGGGAUUGUGUUGUUUUUGGUAGGCAUCAUUGGCAACUUCUACCACCACUAUCUUCUAUCCAAAUUGAGAGGAAAGGGAGAAAAGGAAUACAAAAUUCCUAAGGGGGGCUUGUUUGACCUUGUGGUCUGCCCCCAUUAUCUUUUUGAGAUUAUCGUGUUUUAUGGGGUUUCCUUCAUGUCUCAGACUUUGUAUUCAGUCUCUUUCGCCGUAGGCACUACUUUCUACUUGUUGGGUAGGAGUUAUGCAACUAGGAAAUGGUAUCUUUCUAAGUUUGAAGAUUUCCCUAAUCAUGUCAAGGCUGUCAUCCCCUUUCUCUUCUAAAUCUUGUGCAUAACAAUAAAUUUUACAUGAAAUGUACCUGUGCUUCCUUGAGUAUUUUAAAGUUUUAAAUCAAUAGAAUUCUAUACUCAAGAUCUGGUUGUAUAUGAUACAAGAGAGGUCGUGAAGGAUACAUUCUGAAAGAUAGGUGAGAUUAGUACUCGUAUAAGCAUCAUCUCAAGCUUCCCACCAGCCGAAAUGUACUUUGUUAUACCAUCAUCAAUGUACUCCCACUCAGUCUUCUAAUUGCAAUGUCUAUGUAGUUAUACUUGAA